AUGAAGUUCCCAAGCGCCUUCCUCCCCCUCUCCCUCAGCCUCCUGGCAUCAACGACCCUCGCCGUAAGCGUAACGCAGAUCCAAAAGGGCGGAACCGAAACGGAGCUCAGCAUCGCAACCGACGGCGUCUGCGUGGAUCUGUUCCAGGGAACCUACGGCGCAGUCCUCAACGACGGAGCCAACGGGACGGCGUGUGUUUUCUGGGUUGACUCCGGCUGCUCCGGACCGUCUAUCGGUACAGCGACGACAUGCAAGCCCGAGGUUGAACUGCCCGAUGGCGCGAAUGGGAUCCGGUGCUUUGCGCCGGGGACUGAAUAA